CGAUUAUAUGGGAGAAAAUUUAGCAGAGAAGAUCAUGUGCUUUUUAUCAAGUUGUUGUAUGAGUUGGUAACAAUUCCAAAACUGGAGAUCAGCAUGAUGCAAGGAUUUGCACGCCUGUUGAUAAACCUGUUAAAGAAAAAAGAACUGCUUUCCAGGGAUGAUUUAGAGUUACCAUGGAGACCGCUUUAUGAAAUGUUGGAAAGGAUAUUAUACUCCAAGACGGAACAUCUUGGAUUAAAUUGGUUUCCCAAUUCUGUAGAAAGUGUUCUGAAAACACUUGUGAAGAGCUGCAGACCAUAUUUUCCAGAAGAUGCCACUGCGGAGAUGCUAGAUGAAUGGAGGCCUUUAAUGUGUCCGUUCGAUGUUACCAUGCAGAAGGCUAUUACCUACUUUGAACUAUUUCUGCCUACCACCCUUCCUCCUGAACUUCACCAGAAAGGUUUCAAGCUUUGGUUUGAUGAAUUCAUAGGCCUUUGGGUGUCCGUUCAAAAUCUUCCCCAAUGGGAAGGGCAUCUGGUAAAUCUUUUUGCGCGCUUGGCCACUGACAACAUCGGGUACAUAGACUGGGAUCCGUAUGUACCAAAGAUUUUCACCAGAAUUUUGAGGAGUUUAAAUCUUCCAGUUGGAAGCAAUCAAGUUGUUGUUCCAAGAUUCUUAACAAAUGCUUAUGAUGUAGGACAUGCGGUAAUGUGGAUCACAGCCAUGAUGGGUGGACCAAGUAAACUAGUGCAGAAGCACUUGUCUGGAUUGUUCAAUAGCAUUGCCUCUUUUUACCAUCCUUCAAAUAACGGGCGCUGGCUGAACAAACUGAUGAAACUACUUCAGAGGUUACCCAGUGGUGUUGUCAGAAGGCUGCAUCGUGAGCGCUACAAGAAAAUCACUUGGCUAACUCCUGUGCCUGAUAGUCAUAAACUUACUGAUCAGGAUGUUACAGACUUUGUAGAAUGCAUUAUUCAACCUGUUCUUCUGGCUAUGUUUAGUAAAACUGGAAGCCUGGAGGCUGCCCAAGCCCUGCAGAAUCUUGCACUGAUGCGUCCUGAAUUAGUAAUUCCACCUGUACUUGAGAAAACAUAUCCUGCACUUGAGACAUUGACAGAACCUCAUCAGCUCACAGCUACUUUAAGCUGUGUAAUCGGAGUGGCUCGUAGUCUGGUGUCUGGGGGGAAGUGGUUUCCUGAAGGUCCAACACACAUGCUACCUCUGCUGAUGAGAGCAUUGCCUGGGGUGGAUCCAAAUGACUUCAGCAAAUGUAUGAUUACAUUCCAGUUCAUUGCAACGUUUUCUACUUUGGUGCCUUUAGUAGAUUGUUCAUCUGUAUUGCAAGAGAGAGAUGAUCUUUCAGAGGUGGAAAGAGAAUUGUGCUCUGCAACUGCUGAAUUUGAGGAUUUUGUUCUACAGUUUAUGGAUAGAUGUUUUGGACUUAUAGAGAGCAGCACACUAGAACAAACCAGAGAGGAGACUGAAACUGAGAAAAUGACUCAUCUAGAGAGUCUAGUGGAAUUAGGUCUCUCUUCUACUUUCAGUACAAUCCUUACUCAGUGUUCAAAGGAUAUCUUUAAGGUUGCCUUGGAGAAGGUCUUCAACUUUGCUGUUUCAAAUAUAUUUGAGACGAGAGUUGCUGGUCGAAUGGUUGCCGAUAUGUGCCGAGCUGCAGUAAAAUGCCGCCCUGAGGAAUCCUUGAAGCUGUUUGUGCCACAUUGCUGCAACGUUAUAACUCACCUCACAGUCAAUGAUGAUGUAUUACACGAUGAAGAACUAGAUAAGGAGCUACUUUGGAAUCUCCAGCUUUUGUCAGAGAUCACUCGAGUGGAUGGCAAGAAGUUGCUACCGUACAGGGAGCAGCUUGGGAAGAUACUGCAGCGAACCCUACAUUUAACCUGUAAGCAGGGUUACAUUCUGUCUUGUAACCUACUGCACCAUCUUCUUCGUUCUGCUACACUUAUCUACCCCACAGAGUACUGCAGUGUGCCAGGUGGCUUUGACAAGCCUCUUUCUGAAUACUUUCCUCUCAAGGACUGGGGUAAACCAGGUGACCUGUGGAACUUGGACAUCCAGUGGCAUGUUCCUUCAUCUGAGGAAAUAAACUUUGCUUUUUAUUUGCUGGAUACUUUCCUUCAGCCUGAGCUCACCAAACUAGAACACUAUGCAAUUGGAAAGCUAGAAAUGUCCAGAGAUGACGUGCAGCAGUGUCUUGCUAUAGUGCAUAACUGCUUGAUUGGUUCUGGGAAUGUUCUGCCUCCUCUAAAAGGAGAAAGGGUGGCUCAUCUGGUCCCGAGUCUGGUGUCUUUGGAAGAGACAAAACUGUACACUGGUGUUGAAUAUGAUUUAUCACGAGAGAAUUAUCGAGAAACAAUUGCAAGGGUUACAAGGAAAUUGCUGCGCUAUAUACUUGAUAAUUCAGAAGAUGACACCAAGUCUUUAUUUCUAAUAAUAAAGAUUAUUAGUGAUGUUUUGCAGUUCCAAGGGUCUCACAAGCAUGAGUUUGAUUCACGAUGGAAAAGCUUUAAUCUAGUGAAAAAAUCAAUGGAGAACAGGCUUCAAGGAAAGAAACAGCAUAUCAGAGCUUUGCUGAUAGACAGAGUUAUGUUGCAGCAUGAGCUGAGAACACUAACGAUGGAAGGCUGUGAAUAUAAAACUUCCCACCAGGAGAUGAUCAGAGAUCUUUUGUGUUUGUCCACAAGUUCAUACGGUCAGGUCAGAAGUAAAGCUCAGCAAGCAUUCUUCACAGCUCUGGGAACGUACAAUUUUUGUUGCAGAGAUAUCAUUCCCUUGGUUUUGGAGUUCUUGCGUCCAGACCGGCAAGAUGUCACUCAAAAGCAAUUUAAAGGUGCCUUAUAUUGUCUUCUUGGAAAUCACAGUGGAGUAUGUUUGGCAAAUCUUCACGAUUGGGAUUGUAUUGCACAGACGUGGCCAGCGAUUGUUUCUUCUGGGCUUAGCAAAGCUAUGUCCUUGGAAAAACCAUCCAUAGUUAGACUCUUUGAUGACCUAGCAGAAAAAAUCCAUAGGCAGUAUGAAACAAUUGGAUUGGAUUUUGCAGUUCCAGAGAAAUGUGUUGAGAUAGCUGUUAUGCUGCAAAAAACAGAACAUCCAGGUGCAAACUUCACAGGUCUUCGUUCAGAAGAAAUUCAGUUGGGAAUUCAGCGACAGAAAGAAAAGAAUGCCGAGGCUGUGCAAAACUAUGAAAAUUUGGUCAACAUGCUGCUGGAUUGUGUGGAACAGAGAAAUCUUCCCUGGAAGUUCGAGCACAUAAGUAUUGGUUUUCUGUCUCUGCUCCUGAGGGAUGAUAGGAUACUGCCUGUCCGUGCCAUAAAAUUUUUUGUGCAGUGUCUCAACCAUGAUGCAAUUGUAGUUCGUAAGGUGGCCAUCUCUGCUGUGGCUGGUAUUCUUAAGCAGCUUAAGAGAACACACAAGAAAGUGCCCGUCUGCCCUUAUGAAAUAAGUGGAAACCCUAAGCCUUCCAGCAUUCAGGCUGGUGACAGACCAGAUAACCAGUGGCUGCACUAUGACAGUCGGAGUUUACCAAAGACUAAGGAAGCUUGGGAGUCGUGUUGUUUUGUGGAGAAAACACACUGGGGAUAUUAUACCUGGCCUCAAACUAUGACAGUUUAUGCUCCAGUUGAGCAUCAACCAAAGCUUGGGCGAAGGAGAGAUGAGCUGACAGAGGCAGAACAAAUUAUAUAUGAUCACUUUUCUGAUCCCAAGUUUGUUGAGCAGUUAAUAAAAUUUUUGUCUUUAGAAGACAGAAAAGGAAAAGACAAAUUUAAUCCUCGCAGAUUUUGCCUCUUCAAGGGCCUUUUCAGAAACUUUGAUGAUGCCUUCUUGCCAGUUCUUCAGCCCCAUUUAGAACAACUUGUGGCAGACUCCCAUGAAAGCACCCAGAGAUGUGUAGCUGAAAUUAUAGCUGGCUUAAUAAGAGGUUCUAAACACUGGACAUUCGAGAAGGUGGAAAAACUUUGGAAGCUUCUCUGUCCAUUGCUUCGAACAGCUUUAUCCAACAUUACAGUGGAAACGUAUAAUGAUUGGGGCACAUGCAUAGCAACCUCCUGUGAGAGCAGAGAUCCUAGGAAACUGCACUGGUUAUUUGAAUUGCUGCUGGAAUCUCCACUGAGUGGUGAAGGAGGAUCAUUUGUAGAUGCAUGCCGACUUUAUGUACUGCAAGGUGGCCUUGCACAGCAAGAAUGGAGAGUACCGGAGCUGUUGCAUAGACUGCUGAAGUACUUGGAACCUAAACUCACGCAGGUUUACAAAAACGUCCGAGAGAGAAUAGGAAGUGUUUUGACCUACAUAUUCAUGAUAGAUGUUUCCUUGCCAAAUACUGCUGGAACUAAAUCUCCUCGUGUCCAUGAAUUUACUACUCGGAUACUUGAAAAUCUUAAACCCCUCAUGGAAGCAGAUGAAGAAAUUCAGAAUCAUGUUAUGGAAGAGAAUGGAGUUGGUGAACAAGAUGAGCGAACUCAGGGCAUUAAACUCGUGAAAACUAUUCUGAAGUGGUUGAUGGCAAGUGCAGGACGGUCCUUCUCUACGGCUGUCACAGAGCAACUCCAGCUGCUACCCUUGUUUUUCAAGAUUGCACCAGUAGAAAAUGACAAUAGCUAUGAUGAGCUCAAAAGAGAUGCUAAGAUGUGUUUGUCGUUAAUGUCUCAGGGUUUGCUGUAUCCUCAGCAAGUGCCUUUGGUACUUCAGGUGCUAAAACAAACAGCAAGAAGCAAUUCUUGGCAUGCUAGGUAUACCAUAUUAACCUACCUCCAGACCAUGGUGUUCUACAAUCUCUUUAUCUUUCUCAACAACGAAGAAGCAGUCAAUGACAUUAGAUGGCUGGUUAUAAAACUCCUGGAAGAUGAACAGCUGGAGGUAAGAGAAAUGGCUGCUACCACACUAAGUGGUCUGCUACAGUGCAAUUUUCUCGCUAUGGAUGCUCCCAUGCAGACGCACUUUGAACAGCUGUGCAAGAUGAGGUUACCGAAAAAACGAAAGCGAGACCUGGGUUCAGUGGUGGACACAAUUCCUUCCGGUGACUUGGUUAAGCGCCAUGCUGGUGUGCUAGGACUUAGCGCGUGUAUUUUGUCAAGUCCGUAUGAUGUGCCCACCUGGAUGCCACAGCUCUUGAUGGAUCUCAGUGCCCAUCUUAAUGAUCCUCAGCCUAUUGAGAUGACUGUGAAAAAAACGCUGUCAAAUUUCCGGAGGACCCAUCAUGACAACUGGCAGGAGCAUAAACAGCAGUUCACGGAUGACCAGCUACUAGUGCUUACUGACCUCUUGGUUUCACCAUGCUAUUAUGCGUAG